GCGUCUUUUUCCCAGAAAAAUGGAGAUUAUUGUCCAGCUGCGAGGAAAAGAAAGGGGGGUAUGAAUGUGAAAUAAGGACACGAUUGAAGGGGAGACCGUGAUCCGCGUGGAGAUUGAAGGGCUUGAUCUUUUGUUUUGUGUCGGUUAUGUGUGCAUUACGCGUUCAACACCCCAAGUUUAUCAAUUUCCAACUGUUAUCCAGUGGGGGCUGGGCCAGCUAUCUCACACCGUACCUACAUAAAGGUUAAACCCCCCAGCUACCUGCCUUCACCAUUUAUUUUCGUCUUUAUGGAGUUUACCCCCAAUCUAAGAAAGCAAAACAACUUCCCCUCUGCCCUUCAAGAAUCAAUCAAGAUGGAGAGUAACAAGCCCAUGAAUCUGGAACUUCCACUGUUUCCCUCCACUGCUCACACUUCUUCAAUUCCCACUAUGAGAGGAGGAGGAGGAGGAGGAGGAAGCCCCCAAGAGCAACAGCAACGGCAGCAGCUUACCAUCUUCUACAACGGAAGGAUUUGCGUUUCUGAUGUUACAGAGCUUCGGGCUAGAGCAAUUAUACUGGCUGCAAGUAGAGAAAUGGAGGAAAGGAAGAGAGCCCCGCUGUCGCCAUCCAUGCAAUCUCAGCUCUGUGGCCCUUCGGGUGUUUCAAUGAAGAGAUCGCUCCAUCGGUUCCUUCAGAAGCGAAAGAAUAGGAGGGAAGCUAUGUCCCCAUACAAUCAUUAAUCCCUGAUUCCCCUCUAAUUGUGAGUUUGAUUCAGGUCAACCUGUACCAUUUUUUCAUUAAUUUCUGUCAUUCCUUAUAAACGGAUGAUGUAUAACGUUAAACUGAAAUUGAAUUAUUAUCAUUGGUAGGCUGCCAGAUUUGGAUUUC